AUGGGUGCCUUCCCUGCGGUGGCUUUAGCACCUGUGGCCCUCACUCCGCUAGCACAGGGCUGGCGCUCCGAGUGCAACAUCGAGGGCCUGGACGUGCAGGUGUUCAUUCAUGGCAUCGGAGAGCGGUCGGACCAUGACGGCAGCGCUUGCCGUGUGGCGUGGUUGGACCACAAGGACCUGCAAAGUGCGGACGCGUCGGAGCUGCAAGGACGGGUUGAUUUCCUCUUCACGGACUCACGAUCCUAUGUGCCAUUUCGCGGGCGUCACGGCUCGGUGCUCUACUUGGAGAACAUCUCUGAGUUUCAAGUGCCACAAGAUCUUGAUGCCGUCAUGCAAGACAAGACGCAGCUUCUGUCUGUGCUGAUGCCGCCCAGAGACAGGUGGGAUGAGCUCGCAGAGGAGAUCUACCGCCAGGCCAUGGCCACCAUGCCGGAGCACGUCUUCGUGGAGGAUGGGAGCCUCGAGACCGAGGCAGCCGCCUUCGAACGAUAUCGAUUCUGUAUCAUUCCCGAAGAGGAUUCCACGCGCCAUGCUGUUUCCCCGCUCUUCGUCCGUAGCCUAGCGUACCAUACGAUUGCGGUCUUCAACGGUUUCGUGGAAGUGGGGGCGAUGGUCUUCAAUGCCAUUGCGGACUACGACCCUGAUCCAUUCAAUCUGAUGGAGACGAUAGAAACCCUGAACAGGCACAACAAACAGCUGGGUGCGCUCUGGCACUAUCAGCGCAUUAUCCAAGACCAGGUGCAGUACAGAUACAACAGGCCGUUCGAGGAGAAGCUCUACAGCCAAGCCUGCACAAUGUGCAGGUUGCUGGCUGACCUUCCCAAGGCCCAGCCUCCGCUUGUCUUCGUUGGCAUCUACUCCGCCCGCAAGAACUUCGAAAAGCGGCAAGCUGUCAGGGAAACUUGGGGCCGUCUCCUGCGCGAGCAGUUUGGCGUCCGCUACCGUUUCUUCCUCGGCGAAGGCAGUGCUGGUGCUUCCGCAGAGGAGAGGCGCAUGCGGCAAGAACUCGACGAGCACAACGACCUGGUAUUCUUGCCUGUGACCGAGGGCUACCGCAUGAAUUCCCGGAAGGGUUUGCUGUUCUUGGAGUGGAUCGCGGAGCGUGCUGAAGCAGAAUUCCUGCUGAAAACAGACGAUGACGUCUACCUGCGCCCGGCGCCCUUACUGAGGCAGCUCCAGAAGCGGAUUCCAGCGCAGUAUGCGUGGGCAAUUUUCGACUACAUCAGCCCUGUGCCUAGGGACGAAGACGACAACUUUUACAAUGCCGAGGAAGACUUCCCGUUCCCCGUCUUCCCGCCAUACCCGCGCGGCGUUGUGCGGGUACUGUCGAUGGAUGUCGUCCGUCUUCUGGCCAAAGCGAGCCAGGAGGGCCGACUUCGAAUGAUCUACGGUGACGACCCAUGCAUAGGGGUCCAUCUGCGCCAGCUCCUGUUCGAUGCGACCGAGCCACUGCCCUCGCUGACCCUGGACGAUUUCGACAACCGGGUCUUUGCAAUGGAGCCUAGCUGUCACCACAACCUGUGGUCAAAGAUGACAAAUCGGACCUGGGCGAUCCAUCACGUGAAGCCCCAGCAGAUCCUUUGCAUGUGGUCUGCGGAUAUGGCCGCCGGCUACUAUGAGGAUGGCGGUGAUGCAGGCCUCCGAAUCGACGAGGAUCGCGAGCCAAACGAGUUCCCGGAUCUUUGUAGCUGCGCUACAGAUGAAUCUUUCUUCGAGCGGAGUGACCUGGACAAGUUGCAGGAAGAGACACAGCGAGUGCUCGACGACGAGGAGGAGUGA